UCCUCAGUCCGAUGGCAGAUGGCGAACAGUCUGAAGGCUCAGCCAGGCGAGACCGUCCUUCCCGCAGGGAAGCAGCCGCAGGGGCCAAUGGGUUGCCAGUCUUUUGCCGUUCUCGGCACUUCAACCGCUCUGCAAAUGUGUACUCUGUACCGUUGUGGGACUUCACCUCACGGUGGCUUCCAGAUGAGUUGAAACCAUACGAAACGAAGGGAGGGGCCCGCGGCACUUUUGCGCCAGAAAAGCGCUCAGAAGGAAAGCUGAAGGACGAGAACGAAAAGGAAGUGGAAGGAGACGAAGAUGAUGAUGACGAUGAUGAAGGAAUCUCGCCCGAUGCACCCUCCGAUAGUGAGCAAAGUGAGAUUGCAUGGGAAGGGCCAUUGGGCGGAGCCAGUCGAGCUUGGUUCCGCGGUGCUGUGGAUACUGCUCUUGUCUUGCUCAGGAGGUUUCAAAUGACUGGCACAGAAGGUGCUUCCGGUGCUUCUGGUUCCACGUAUGCCAUGGGAGUUUCAGCUGCUUUGAUCGCCCCUGAGACCGUGGCAGAAGGUGCCGACUCUUCCAUGGACAAACGCCUGGCGCAGAUCAUUCGCACGCGGGAGCCACAGUGGGCGGUGUGUGCGCUGCGCAGUGGCCAUUUCGCAGGUGCCAUUUUCAAAGGCCAGGAGGCCGUGGUGCACAAAGCCAUCCACAGAUACACGGUGCGUGCCAAGGCCGGAGGGGCCCAAAGUGCCUGUGACAGCGGGAAAAAGGUGAAGAGUGUGGGAUCCUCCUUGCGGCGCUAUGGUGAGCAACGCUUGGCUGAAGAGAUCAAAGAGCUACUGACAGAGAAGUGGGCUGAUCAGUUGGCUCAGUGUGAGUUGAUCCUAGUAUCAGUGUCAAAGAGAAUGAAGUCAACCCUGCUUGGUACGGAGAAGGAACCCUUUCUUCCUGCAACGCACCGGAUACGGAAGCUGCCCUUCAUGAUUGGGAAGCCAACCUUUGAAGCUGUUCAGGCAGCAUACCUCCGUGCGGCCAGCGUGGUUUUCUGCGAAGAGAAGGUGGCGGAUCAGAUUGCAGCGCGGUUUAAGCCAGCCAAAGUUGAGGAGGCGGUGGAGGCACAGCCUGCGCCAGCGCCCAAGGUCAAGCAGGUUGAGGAGGUGCCAGAAGCAGUGAAAUAUUCUGAAGAAGAAGAUCCACUUUUUACGGCUUUGCAUGUUGCCUCCCAGUCAGAUGAUGUUGAUGCCAUUCUGGAGGAGCUGGAGAAUGGUGCCAAUCCUGAGGCUCGUGAUGGAAAGGGCCGAGUGCCUUACUAUCUCUGCACCACUCAGGCGGCCAGGGAGGCCUUCAGGCGCUGGCGUGGCGCCAACGAGGACGCUUGGGACUGGACCGCAGCCCAGGUCCCUGAAGGCAUCACCCAGGAAACUGAGCAGAGAAAGAAGGACAAGGAGAAGGAAAAGCGAAAGAAACAAAAGGAAAAACAAAAGGUGAACAAAGCCAAGGCGAAGGAGGAAGAAGAAGAAAGAUUGCGAAAGGACGGAGAAGAAAAGAAAAUGCUGGAAGAAGCCCAGGCAAAAUGUGACAAGUGUAACAAGCCUUUGGUAGCAAAGCCCUUCGCCAGGCUGAACUAUUUGUAUUGUUCUCCUGAGUGCGUCAAUGAGCACCGACGAGACCUUCAAGCAGAGGCUGCUUUGAAAAGAAUUGGAGCUUGAGAAGGGCAGUUUGGUGGCUAGAAUGUGCUGCAAUGCGCACCACGUAAGUCCCCUUCUGUGUUGGUUUCAGAAGCUUUCUGCGUGCAGACAGCCAAACUGUCAGCACACGCACAAAUUUAGAGCAGGUGCUGUCGAUCACGCACAGGCUAGUUUCCCAAAUUCGUGAGACUGGCAAGGUGUUCAACGGCCUGUGUGAAGUGCUUUAGUGUCUCACGGGACGUGGAAAA